GACUCCAUGGACGUGGGGGCAGUGGCCGGCCUGCGCCGAGUCAAGGCGGCAGUGCGGGCGGCAUAUCUUGUCCUUUUGCACACGUAUCACUCGCUGCUGGUCGGCGACGCAGCAACCGAUUUCGCCCUGGAAAUGGGCCUGCCCGGCCCGGAAAAUCUCUCCACCAAUCGUUCUCUCGCCAUUUGGCGCCAAUGGAAGGCCGCCAGCUGUCAGCCCAACUAUUGGCGCAACGUGACGCCCGAUGCCGCCCGCUCCUGCGGCCCCUACCGCCCGGCUCCAGAAGCAUCUGCUUCCGAACCACGUGGUGGUGCCACGGCCGAGCCUCAGGGGGCCGAAGCAGGUGCUGCACCUGGUGCCGGACCUGUUACCGGACCUGCUACCGGACCUGGUGCUGGACCUGUUACCGGACCUGCUACCGGACCUGGUGCCAGACCUGGUGGUGCCAGACCUGCAACCGGACGUGGUGGUGUGAGCGUGGGGUGCGAUCCCAGCCUUGUUGGCAGGCAGCAAGGCUCUUUAAGGAGCACAAGGCGGAUGGCAUCACACGACACCAUCUCCAUGGUCGCCAUAGCACAGAAUGGCAGCAUGGCAGCAGCGACAUCCACCAAUGGACUCACAUUCCACAUCCCUGGGAGGGUGGGUGAUGCACCCAUAGCAGGGGCAGGAGCAUAUGUGGACUCCAGAGUGGGGGGCUGUGGGGCAACAGGAGAUGGUGACGUCAUGAUGAGGUUCCUGCCAUGCUUCCUAGCAGUCGAGCUCAUGCGAAUGGGCUCUUCCCCAGCUUCGGCUGCCGAAGCUGCCAUCAGUCGCAUCCGAGCCAAAUUCCCAACCUUUGUAGGAGGCUUGGUGGCGGUCAACAGGUUCGGGGAGCAUGGAGCAGCGGUGAACAACUGGGUGCUACAGUACACUGUAGCUUCGCCUGCAACUGACGACUCUCCAGAGGCGGCGGUCACAAACCUUAGAAUUGAACCGACGGCCGAUGACAAGGCGAACGUUGGGGCGGAGUUUGAGGCGCGUGGUGUGGGGAAAGUGGAAGUGGGUGCUGAUAGAGAAGGAGAAGAGAGCGUAGAGAUUGUUGAGGAAAAGCAGGGGGGAACAAGUGAAGUUGGGGGUAAGAGGCGUGGUAGGAGAGCAGGCAAGGCGAAAGCAAGAAGCGAAGGGAGCGAGAGUAAGAGCAGAGACGGGGAAGGAUCCAAGGAGGAGGAGGAGGCAGUGGCAGUAAUUGCUCAAGUGUUGAUGGAGAAAUACGGACCUCAGAUUGUGAGAGAGGAGGAGGAUGAAGGGCUUGGGAACGGAACGAAUGAGGGGGUUGAGGAGGUGGAGGGAGAGGAAGAAGCGGCGGCUGAGGAGGGGAAGGAUGGAAUGGGCGCAGGAGCGAAAGAAGAGGAAGCAGAAGCUGAAGCGGUUGAGGAGGGUUCAUCAGCCACCACAUCUCGCCGCGCACAGAAUAUUGCCGUUCUCCAGUCCUUCACUCCCCCAGGCACCCCCUCCAUUGCGACCUCUGUGCUUCGGCAUGCCACCUCCAUCCUCGGUGUUUCAACAGAAAUUCUCUUAGCUAAGCUCCAGUUCUUUGUGGAGCUGGUGGGAGAAGAGGCAACGGGAAGAGUGGUGAGGAGUCACCCAGGGGUUCUGAGACUAUCCAAGGAGAACCUGCAAGGGAAGGUGGCAGUAUUGGGUGAUGUGAUUGGCCGAGAGAAUGUUGUGAGGGUAGUGGCGCGAUUUCCUUCGCUAAUAACUUCUGGUGAAGAUGUCAUGAGGGAAAAUUUCAGAGAGCUUGUGCGAGAAGUGGAAGAGGCAUUGCAGGAAGCGGGAUAUGGGACGCCGAGGCUGGGCGAAGGUGAUGGAGGGCAUGUGAGGAGAAAGGCAGGCAUGAGGGCAGGCAUGAGGGCAGGCAUGGGGGCAGGCAUGGGGGCAGGCAUGGGGGCAGGCAUGGGGGCAGGCAUGGGGGCAGGCAUGGGGGCAGGCAUGGGGGCAGGCAUGGGGGCAGGCAUGGGGGCAGGCAUGGGGGCAGGCAUGGGGGCAGGCAUGGGGGCAGGCAUGGGGGCAGGCAUGGGGGCAGGCAUGGGGGCAGGCAUGGGGGCAGGCAUGGGGGCAGGCAUGGGGGCAGGCAUGGGGGUAGGCAUGCUGGACCUGCUACAGCUGUUCUUGUGGGUGGCCGUGUCGUGGGCUGUAGCAGAGGAGUUACUGUUCAGAGGGCUGCUUCUCAUGGCCCUGCAAAAGAGGCUCGGCAGGAUCGACGCUGCCAUGCUGUCUGCAGCCCUCUUCGCCCUCUUCCACCUCUCCCUCGCCCUCCUCUUCCCCAACAUGGCCCUUGGGAUUGCCGCCGGUCUGCCCGCUGUCUACUCCAAUAGCGUCUUGCCAGUUGUCGCUCUGCAUACCACUGACAAUGCUUGUGCUCUAAUCUAUGCAACUCAUGGCUACAACGAUUGCUUCUGUCUAGCAGGCAAAGAGCUAUAUAUCUGUUUCAUGUUCGUAUAG